AUGUCUUCGAAUCAAGGCAAUCUGGGCGCUUUCAACUUUAAGGUGGUUCUACUGGGUGAAGGGUGCGUGGGGAAGACCUCCGUCGUGCUGCGAUAUAUCGAGGACAAGUUCAACGACAAACAUAUCAGUACCAUCCAAGCCUCAUUCCUAACAAAGAAGUUAAACAUUUCUGGGAAGAGGAUUAACCUGGCCAUCUGGGACACAGCAGGACAGGAGCGUUUUCAUGCCCUUGGCCCCAUUUAUUACCGCGACUCUCAUGGUGCCAUUCUUGUCUACGACAUCACAGAUGAAGAUUCCUUCCAAAAAGUCAAGAAUUGGGUGAAAGAGCUGAGGAAGAUGCUGGGCACCCGAGUAUGUGUGUGCAUUGCUGGAAACAAGGCAGAUCUUGAAAGAGAUAGAGUUGUAUCCAGAGAAGAAGCCUCAAGGUAUGCAGAGUCAGUGGGUGCAAAGCACUAUGAUACCUCAGCCAAGCAGAACCACGGCAUUGAAGAGAUGUUCUUGGACUUGAGUCAAAGAAUGGUUGAAGUGGCUGAACAGAAUGAGCAAGGGCAGGCUCAGCUGCGACCCUCUGGAAGCACUGUACAAGUGAUAGAUGACUCUGAGAAGCCUGAGAAAACGGGUUGCUGUAGCUGAAAGGGUGUGAUUGACGUUCCUUGCUUAUUAUGGUGAUUCCACAUUUUGUCAAUAUUUUCUGUUUGCUUCCAGGGGGACAACUGUGUCUGUGCUAUUGUGAUAAAUAUGGGGGGAAAUGUGCUUCUGAGCAGCACUCUGCUAGCCUAGUCAUCUUAUAUGCACUGGAAAUGAAAUGUUGCUCCUCACAGU